UUAAAGUGUUCCUGAAAUAUAAGGUCGGGGGAAUGGAACGAGAUGAAGCCCUUAAACUUUUCCACGUCCAUGCCUUCAGGGAGAAACCUGCUCCAGAUGACUUUGCUACUCUGUCCGAAAAUAUAGUAUCAACUAUUGACCGGCUUCCUUUGACUAUUGAGGUUGUCGGGUCGUAUCUAUUUUCUAAAAGCAAGGACGUGUGGAAGAAAACCUUGGACGAGUUGGAAAAAGUACCUGAGCUACAUGUUAAACAGAAUUUGAUGGUAAUCAUCAAAGCAUUACCUGACAAGCAAAGAAAGAUAUUUCUGGACAUUGCUUGUUUCUUCAUCGGAGAGGACGAAAGUGUUGCAUGCUACCUGUGGUCCGACUGUGAUGCCACAAGCCAAUUGGAAUUAAAAGUGCUCGUCCUCUCAUCUAUUGUUAAGAUUGAGAACAACAAACUGUGGAUGCAUGAUCAACUUCGAGACCUAGGUAGGGAUAUCGUCAAAUUGGAACAUCGUGAACUUGGAAAGCGCAGUAGAUUGUGGAUGCACGAGGAUGCCUUGGAUGUGCUGACAAAUGAAAAAGGAACGAAACGCGUUGAAGGUGUUCUUCUCAAAUUUGACAGUGGGUCAGAAUGGAGUUUUGGACCAGCACAUUUUGAGAAUAUGUCGAACAUAAGAUUCCUUCGAUUGGAUCAGGCGAACCUCGAAGGAAAUUUUAAGGGGCUUCUGUCAAGUUUAAGAUGGCUCCAUUGGCAAGGUUGUCCUCGGAAUCUUGGUGCUCAAAAUUUGGAUUUGGAAAAGUUGGUUAUUCUAGAUCUUUCCUGGAGCAAGGUCCAUGAAAAAUGGAAUGGUUGGAGUGAAAUCGAGAAAGCCGGGAAUUUGAAAGUUUUGAACCUCACCGGUUGUGUUGACUUGAUCAGAACUCCAGACUUAUCUCAUUACAAACGUCUAGAGAGAUUGAUUCUUGAAAAGUGCAAUCGAUUGGUUGAAAUCGGUUCAGUAAAAAGUCUGGAGAGCUUGGUUUCACUGAACUUGAGGUUUUGCACUGAACUCAAUAAGUUGCCUGAAGAGCUGGGUUUCCUCAUGUCCUUGGAAGAGAUUCUUAUAGAUGGAACUGCUGUUCAAGAAAUUCCUGCCUCCGUCGGUCAUUUGAAAAAUCUUACAAGAUUCAGUGCCCGCAACUGUCUUUCAUCGAUCCAGCUGCCCGAUUCAAUUAGCCGUUUAAUUGAAGCGGAAAGCUCAUCCGAGGUGGAGGUUAGCAAACCAGAUAAUACCGAACAUUCUUCCUCUAAGGGUGUCGACCGCAAAUACGAAGAAAAUGAAGGCAGGAUUGUCAAUAUCAGGAGCAACGAUGACGAAUUGAUGAAGCUCAAUAGCCUUCCUGAUGGUGGCAUUGGAUGGCGUAAAAUUGGUAAAAUCUUCGUAUCAAGGAAUGAAAUCGCUAAGGGAAGUAAUGGGACCAUUGUCUUCGAGGGCAUGUAUGAAGAUCGACAUGUUGCAGUGAAACGCCUUGUCCGGGCUCAUCGUGAGUUUGCCUCCAACGAGAUUCGGAUUUUGAUAGCAUCUGACCGACAUGAAAAUAUUGUUCGGUAUUAUGGAGUGGAGUACGACGAGGAUUUCGUGUAUCUUGCACUGGAGCACUGUACUUGUAGCUUAGAUGAUUUAAUGCAAGCACAUUCAGAUUCUUUAAAUAACCAUGGUCCAGCAUCAUUGGAUAAUUAUAAAAUCAAAUUGGAUUCCGUUAGGGGUAUGAUGCAGGAUGUUAACUUGUGGAGGGCAGAUGGUUAUCCCUCGCCUCAGUUGCUGAAACUAAUGAGGGAUGUGGUAUUAGGACUCGGCCAAUUGCAUGACUUGGGAAUAAUCCAUCGGGACUUAAAACCUCAAAAUGUCUUGAUUACUAAGAAUCGAUUGUUUGGUGCUCAGCUAUGUGAUAUGGGCAUUAGUGAAUACCUUCCUGAAGAUAGAUCUUCCUUGGGAUAUCAUGCCACUGGUUGUGGAACUUCAGGAUGGCUAGCACCUGAACAGCUUCUUCAUGGUGGUGGGCGCCAGACACGGCAAAUGGAUUUGUUUAGUUUAGGUUGUGUCUUGUUCUUCUGCGUCACUCGUGGAAGACAUCCAUUUGGUGAACAUCUAGAACGUGACUUAAAUAUUGCUUGCAACAAAAUGAACCUGUCCUUGGUGGAAUUCAUACCAGAAGCUCACGAUCUGUUUUCACGUUUGCUAAACAAAGAUCCCGAAUUGAGGCCAAAGGCAUCGGAGGUGCUUCACCAUCCAUUUUUUUGGAGUUCAGAGAUGAGACUGUCCUUUCUUGGUGAUGUCAGCGAUAAAGUAGAAUUGGAAGCUAGGGCACCCAAUUCAGAUCUUCUGAAAGCAUUAGAGAACACUGCACAACUGGUUUUUGAUGGGAAUUGGGACGACAAAAUAGAGCCUGAAGUUAUGGCCGACCUACGCAAACGUAGGAAAUAUGAUGGUAGCCGUGUCAGAUACUUAUUGAGAGCCGUGCGAAAUAAGUGUAGCCACUACACAGAAGCUCCAAAAGAAAUUAAGGAGAUCCUCGGAUCGUUUCCUGAUGGCUUGGAAGCUUACUUCGCUAGACGAUUUCCGAGACUCUUGAUUGAGUCAUACCGAGUGGUGUCCCGGAUCUGCAAAGAGGAGGAAUGCUUUCAGAAGUACUCGCUUUUCCCCCCUUGGCCAACUCCCACGGAGAUUCCUUCUUCAAGCCAGCAGGAUCGGCCAUGAAACAGAGAUUCAUUGAAUACUACAGAACAUUCCACCUGUCUUUUUCUUUUUAAAUGUUUAAUGUAUUGUUCUUGAUAUUUCAUAAACAAGUAUUAUAUUUCAAUUUCAUGCAAUCUUUU